AUGAUGCUAUUCAGCACAUCACUAGCUGGACCAGCACUAGAUUGGGCGCAGCAUGAACCACUCUCUACAAUCGAGUCAUGGAUCGAUUUUAGAGAAGCUUUCUUGAAGAGAUUUGCAAGGGCCACCUUUCAAAUCCAAGUACACCACUACUCUCAUCAGCUGGAGAGAGAGCGUGAUGAAGAAGAAUGGGGAGGCAUACCACCUCAUCCUGAAGUUUUGAAUGAAGAGCUAAUCAAGCAUGUGGAGAGGAAUCCUUUCUACAAUUCUACUUCAGAAUGUGCAAAGGAGCAUCUAUGCAACUUUGAGCAGCUUUGCCACGACUAUGGACUUGGAGACAACCCCAAGAAGAUACAACUUUUCCAACUAUCUCUAGCUGGACAAGCCAAAGAAUGGGCUAAGUUCAAUGCCCAACAUGCUUUCAAGACUUGGAAUGGAUACAAAGGAGCUUUCCUCUACAGAUUUGCUAAAGGUCCAUUUAUGUCCCACCACCACGCCCAAGCUAUUCACAACACCAUCCAUCAUCACCAGACAUAA